AUGCCGAUAUGCACGACGUGCACGCGAUGGUCGUCUCACUUGUACACCGUGUACGAGUCAGCAUCCAACCUCCGACUUGAACGAUGUUCGAAUUGCCAUGCAUUUGUGGAUCCGUACAUUGAAUACGACGACUUGAUAUUGCUCAUUGACCUUAUUCUCCUCAAGAGUGGCGUGUAUCGACACCUGCUGUUCAACCGAGGGGCGAAGCCUAGACUGGCGACGGAAGCAUCGCCUAAGGACGACGAUGGCAGAAGAAAGAGGGGAGAAAACUCACGCUGGUUGCUUGUCCUACAUCUUGGAAGUAUCCUUAUCUUUGUAGAUGCUUUCAAUCGAUGGUGCCAUUUGAAUCCUAGUCAGUCCGUAGACCUCUCCCCAUGGUCUGGGUUUACCAUCUUCAACUUUUCCCGCAUAUUCAUUGGUUGUUUUGCCGAAACGGUGGCGUUUCACUGCGGCGUAGCAGCUGCUUAUUCUGUAGUGCUCAAAAUGAUAACCUUGAUAGAGAAAUUGCGACAGCGUCACACCUCUAAUAUCGUUCUGUCUAGCUACUCACUGAUUCCCUUGACACUGUUCUACUCCUCCUUGACAAAACUCUUCCUUUCAUUUCUUCUGACUAUCUGGCGUCCGUCUCGAUCAGAACUGCUUAGCCCAACGGCAUGGAAUGCACCCAAGCUGUCCAACUUUCUAAAUAUGCUCGAUGAUAGCCAACUCGAUAUUGGAUGGAUUGUCCGGAAUAUUCUAGGUGGAAUCUCAGCCGGAUUCGGGCUACGAGUGAUACUUGACUGCCAUCCCGUGUUUAUUAUGCUAGUCAUUUUUUGCGGAUCGGUAGCGAAGACCGUGAUGGCGGUCUUGGUUAGUCAAUGGGUCGGAGAAGCGUGGUUGGGGUAUAGUCUUCUAUGA